UACUGAUUACAAACAAAUACAAACAAAUUACGUUUCCUUUGAAGCUGAAUUCAAGUUUGAUUCAAGUUGUUGAAAAUAAUGGAAUCUAAAACCAAUUUACAAUAUGAAUACCACUUAAAAAGUAAUGAACAUAAUGAAGCAAAUAUUGGUAAAUUGUAUAAGAAUUUUAAACCCACAAAAACUUAUGUACACAUUUCCGAUCGGAAAGUACCGCCACGUGCCAUAGCAGUGUUACCUACUGUUCUUCAAAUGAGAAAUGGUGUUAUAUCUCCUCGCCGACCACUUCCUACAUAUGCGCGUUUUGGUCCCGUCCGAGGUAUCAACAGUGUGAUUACUCACAGUGAAGCAUGUAAUCUAAUUAGUGAAAACAUGGCUACCAAAAAACCUAUAUUUCUUCUUCAUAGGGACACUGACUUUGUAAAUUAUAUUGAUGUGUCUGAUAAAGAUAAAUCAAAUUGGCUAGGUUUGUUACCACUUGGAAAUGAUUCAACCGCAAAUGUGUGGUUAUAUGAAGAAGAUGACGAAUUAUAUGGAUAUACUUUAAAAUUAAUAUCGGCACGAACUCCAUUAGCGAUUGGUUACAGUAAAGAGUACGCAGAAAAGCAUGGAUUACCUCUCGAGCAUUUACAAAUGAAAAUAAGUCCAGAUAUAACUAGCAGUACAAAACACUGGUGGUGUCAUGAGUGUCGAAGUAAAAUGGGAUCGGCCUCCGCGCUGCAACACCAUAUGGACAUUUAUCAUACAGAACAAAAAUCAAUUUCCAGACGACGGUAUCGUUGCAAACAAUGCACUAACACAUUCUCCAGAUUAUUCACAUUAAAAAGGCACAUGGCACGUAACUGUUUUAAGAAAAUUAAAAAAAAUGCAGAUGAAAAUGAACAGAACAAUUCGAGAAUGAUUUCUCUGCCUGAUAUAGCCGACCAAAGUAGGAGUACUGAAGAUAGCAGAAUACCAUCUGAUGAGAGCUUCAACAACUACACAAACGGCAUAGAUUUCAACAAUUUAUUUGACACAGACAGAAUACCAAACCUUGAUAUAUCUGGGGGAUCCACUUCUGAAGCAGAUUUUAACUCGUACACCAUCUUGCAUAGGGAAGAAAGUAGCUUGCCCAUUGUAUUAGAUUUCACGAAAUUUCAAAACGAAAAUGAUAACCUGAAUAAUGAUGAAAGGCUGAAGCAUAAAACAAGUCCACCCGCAAUAAAUUUGAUUCCAUGUCCUACCUGCAAUCAAACAAUCGAGAGGGGAAGCAAACGCAAUCAUGUGAGAGAGUGUCCUGGACUUAAAUUCCAUUGCAAGUGUGGUCGGGUGUUUUCAAGCAAUCAAAAACUUACUUAUCACAUGCAAUCUGAACACAAACCUGGCGAUGAAACUAAGAUCACAAAACCUUCCACUGAAGUUCAUUACAAAUGUGAGGAAUGCCAAAUUAAUUUCAAACGUCGAGGAAUGCUAGUCAACCACCUCUGGCGCGUGCACAAAACCGUCUCAGAAUCUGUUCCCCUGGAGAGGAGGGUACGCCACUACCCAUGUGUGGCAUGUCCCAAAAUAUAUCGCACAGCGGCGAAACGCGACCGACAUGUUAGAACUCACCAUCCAGGUGCAGAAACUUUUCGCAAGCAGUCAAUAGAAGGCGGGGUGAUCGCUUGUCGGCCGGCAGUGUGCUAUGCUUGCCCGCGGCAGUACGCCACACGAGCAAAACUCUUGCAACACGUGAGAGCAAAUCAUCCAAAUUUGGCUCCACCAAAGAAUAUGAGGAAAACUUCAACAAAACCCAGUGAAGUGUUAUGAAAUCCUGUGCAACUGGACAAACAAAAACUUUUUUUUAAAAUACAAUUUCGAGUUAGUAAUAAUAAAUAUUAAUAGUAAUAUU